CAACAAAGCUACAGCUGCUGUGUUCACUGUCCACACAAGGUUAUGAGACGGAGUAACAGAUAGAUGCACCACGUUUAGCACCCCGAAUGACACCGACAGUGAAAUAAUAGUCUUCUCAAGAAAUGGACCUAAUGAGUCGGCAGUCUGAACAUCUUAAAGAACCGAAUGGCAUCAAAGAGAAAGACCCAGACUGUCAAAAUGAUACAGAGAAAGAGGAAGAACCUUUGCUCCGGGACAACCCCAGACGGUUUGUCAUCUUCCCCAUCCAGUACCCCGAGAUCUGGAGGAUGUACAAGCAGGCUCAGGCCUCCUUCUGGACGGUGGAGGAGGUUGAUCUAUCCAAAGACUUGCCACACUGGGACCGUUUGAAACCUGGGGAGAAACACUUCAUCUCCCAUAUCCUCGCCUUCUUUGCUGCAAGUGAUGGUAUCGUCAAUGAGAACCUGGUGCAGAGGUUCUGCCAGGAGGUGCAGGUCCCUGAAGCACGCUCCUUCUACAGCUUCCAGAUCCUUAUAGAGACGGUUCAUUCAGAGAUGUACAGUAUGCUCAUCAACACAUACGUCAGGGACCUGAAGGAGAGGGACAACUUAUUUAACGCAGUUCAGACAUUGCCUUGUGUGAGACGAAAAGCAGACUGGGCCCUCCAUUGGAUAAAUGACAGCAAAUCGUCAUUUGCGGAGCGCCUUGUGGCUUUUGCGGCAGUCGAGGGCAUCUUCUUCUCUGGCUCUUUUGCUGCAAUCUAUUGGCUCAAGAAGAGAGGACUAAUGCCCGGCCUUACCUACUCCAACGAGCUGAUUAGCAGGGAUGAGGGUCUGCACUGUAACUUUGCCUGCCUGCUGUACAGCUACCUGGUGAAGAAGCCAUCAGAGGACAGGGUGAAGGACAUCAUCACCAAAGCUGUGAGCAUUGAGCAGGAGUUUCUGACGGAGGCCUUACCAGUUGACCUCAUUGGAAUCAACUGUUGUCUGAUGAGGCAGUACAUCGAGUUUGUUGCCGACCGGCUUCUUGUUGACCUCGGACUGGCCAAGGUAUACCUAUCUGAAAAUCCGUUUGACUUCAUGGAGUCCAUUUCACUGGAGGGGAAAACCAACUUCUUUGAGAAACGAGUAGGGGAGUAUCAGAGAUUUGGAGUAAUGUCGAGCAUGACAGACAGUGAAUUCACUCUGGAUGCAGACUUCUGAAAAGGAAAUAAGAUUUUGUUACAUUUUUUGUUACAUUUGACUAUCUAUUUAUUUUGUUAAAGCAGUUAUUGACUAAAACUGGCCUAAAGUCUUGUUACAAUACAAUCAUGGAACUACAAAGGACAAAUUAAUGAUUGAAAGGUUAAAGCUGCACUCGUCCAGCAGACAUUUACAACUCUUGGGGAAUAGGGAUUAGGUAAUUUUAGAGAAACCAGCUCGAGAUAAGUUUGUGUGCACAGAUGGAAGGCUGACAGGCAAGUAGGCCAUCCAAUCAUUUUAGCCGUGCUUUUUACAGUACUACAGC